UGAGGAGCGACUAGACUACGCGUUUCCGCUAUUGUUGUUGUAGCCAGCUAGCUAAACUUAUCUGCCUUUUACGCUUUGGCAUUACACUUAGGGACGGGAUGGUUAUAAAGUUGUCCAAAUAAACGCUGACUUUGGUAGUGGACAGUGAGCAAGCGUCCAGACGUGAUCAAACCCAGGAGCCGGCACAACUAGUCACACCCAAACGUGGGGACCCCUAUAGGACACAGGCAAUGACUGUCAAGAAACCAGAAGUGUAGCUGACUACGAUAUGUUGUGAGUGGCACACCUGGCUUUGUCUCUUAUUCUGUAUCGGGAGUUUUAAAGCGCAUCUCUUUCCUGAUAGACCAGGAGUGGAUAUGACUGACUCAUCAUCAUCAUCAUCAUCAUCAUGCCACAGACAGAGGCGUCUGCGAAGAUAACCCACGCCAGUCUGCCUGCUGCAGUGCCAAUCAGACAGCCUCGCAACUAGUUUGCUAGAAAGCUACUCGCGCAAUUAUAGUACACUAUUUAUCAUCCACUUCAGCUCAGUAUUGUGGCACUAUGAAUGCUCCUGUGUAUACCUUUGUCACCCGUGACGACAACAGCACUGUUUACGCGGAAGUUUCCAAGAUCCUGCUCUCCACUGGACAAUGGAAGAGGCUGAAACGAGACAAUCCCAGAUUCAAUUUAAUGCUGGGCGAACGAAACAGACUGCCCUUUGGACGUCUAGGGCAUGAACCAGGAUUGGUGCAACUGGUGAAUUAUUACAGAGGAGCAGACAAGCUUUGCAGAAAAGCAUCCUUAGUCAAGCUAAUAAAGACAAGCCCAGAGCUCUCAGAUUCCUGUAACUGGUUCCCAGAGUCCUAUAUCAUCUAUCCCACCAACCUCAAUACCCCUGUUGCUCCAGCCAAGAAUGGCAUUAGCCAUCUGAAGAACAACCCCAAGACUGAUGAACGAGAAGUUUUCUUAGCCUCCUAUCACUCCAAAAAAGAGAGUGGGGAGGGAACAGUGUGGAUUGCCAAGUCAUCUGCUGGAGCUAAAGGUGCUGGAAUUUUGAUAUCCCAUGAUGCAAAUCAGUUGCUGGAGUAUAUUGAUAAUCAAGGACAGGUUCAUGUUAUUCAGAAGUAUCUAGAAAAACCUCUUCUUCUGGAGCCUGGCCAUCGCAAAUUUGACAUCAGGAGCUGGGUGCUAGUGGACCAUCAGUACAACGUCUUCUUGUACCGCGAGGGUGUGCUGCGAACGUCCUCAGAGCCCUACAACAGCACUGACCUGCAGGACAUGACUAGCCACUUAACCAACCACUGCAUCCAGAAGGAGCACUCUCAAAACUAUGGCCGAUAUGAGGAGGGUAAUGAGAUGUUCUUUGACGAGUUCAAGCAGUACCUGCUGACCACCCACAAUGUUACGUUGGAGACCACCAUCUUGCCUCAGAUCAAGCAGAUUAUCAAGAGCUGUCUGACUUGUAUUGAGCCAGCAAUCAGCACAAAGCACCUGUCCUAUCAGAGCUUCCAGCUCUUUGGGUUUGACUUUAUGGUGGACGAGAGCUUCAAGGUGUGGCUGAUUGAGAUCAAUGGCGCUCCAGCGUGUGCACAGAAACUAUAUCCAGAGCUAUGCCAAGGUAUCGUGGACGUAGCCAUCUCCAGUGUGUUUACCCUAAAUAACGGAAGUGACUCAUCUGCUUCUUCCCCAUAUUCCUCCUCACCCUCCUUCUCCACAAUCGCCACCAAUUCUUGCUCCUCCCCCAAACUGAGACCACCCCUCCACAUUGGUCCAUUCACCCGGCUGUAAGCCCAUAACUAUUUCUCUCCUCUCCUUUCAAAAGCUCUUCACUCCAAGCUCUGCCGUCACCCCCACCCUACCUAUUCCAUAGAGGCUUCAUAUUACAACAAGCCAAACAUUUCAUUGGUCCUCGUCAUGCUUAGGAGGUGAACCUCUGCACAUAUAGUAGGCUCUGUGCUCCUAAGGCCCUGGCGGGUGAGGUUACCGUAGAGAACAUGAUUGUGGAUUAUGACGUGCGUGACCUGAAUAGGUAAAUGUGAGAAUGAAUUUGAGGGCUUAACAGGCAGUUCAAUAAAGAUGCUUGGAGUUUCUGAAUGAAAAUAGAUUGGCUUCUGUCUCAGCACCACCACCACCAGUGCUGGUCUGAGUGGACAGAUGAUGAUGGAUGCUUCAACUCUAUGACUGUAGUGCCUUACAUCUCCACCCAUGCUCCCUUAAAAAGAUGCAAAUGGUCAAGUUUGCUUGCAUUGCUAUCAUGAGUGUGCGUGUUCUAUAAGCUUUUUUACUUCAUGUCUGUGCAGUGUAUUGUAGUUCUGUCUGGGUGCGCUGACCAAUUAGCAGAAUCCACAACUGUUCUCCUUGAACUUUUUGACGUUAAAACAGUUCAAUUCUGUCAGUUUUAGCUGUUUUAGUUUUAGCAGAAAAAAAAGCUACAUGCUCGUUUGCAGCUUGCAUGUAGCAAACUGUGCCAGUCAGUUUCAACAAAGCAUGCUAAAAAGAGAAAGACGCCAUUUUAGGGAAUAUGUUGAAAUGCACAAGGACAGAUAUAAACACUCUACCCCCUUAAUUUGAACCGAUAAAGAAAAAUCCAAAAUUUUGAAUAUCAGAUUAUUCAUAAAGAAAAGCAUUCCUCUUUUACUGCUGUGUUAACAUAAUUAUUAAUGAAAACAUCUUUGCAGAAGUAGGUGGCAUAGUGAGUAGGAAUAUCGAGUUUUAUGUGGACCUUCAUCCCGGCUCAGUCUCUCGAGUCAGCAAGCAUCCUCUCUGCAGAAGUAUCUAUGAGUCGAAUACUAGCCGAUCAGCUGUAGAAACACUGCUCUGUAGCUUACCCUGUACUUUAACCUUGCUGUAGAAGGGUACAAGGGAACAUUUCCAUAUCGCAGAUUAUUAUCAUUAUUUCAAAUUCAAAAUAUCAAUGGUGGCUUACAUUCAUAAGUGACUAGCUUACAUUCAUCUGUUCUCCAAACAGGAAUAUAAUUCUUAAACUCUUACUGAUUUAGACUGACAUUUGGUUUGUCAUUUGAUGAGAGAGCAUGUUUGUGUGGAGUUAUGUAGUUGUAUUUCCUAUACAGAUUAUCUGUCACAGUUAUGUUUGCUCUUGAAGGUGAGAGUGUGGUGACCCCAUGAAGUGAAUAGGAGAGAAAAAAAAAGAUUAAAUAUUAGUAAGAUGGCAGAUUUCAUGCUUGGCAGAGAUAAGCUGUCCAGAUGCAAUCCAGUUUACUUCACGUUUUCUUCUUAUUGUUCUUGUAAACAUACUCUGGAGUUUUCGAUGAUUGUGUGCGACAUGCAUUUACAUCUUUUUGCAGCACUGGGCUCAUUUCUUUAGCAAAGAUGUCAUGUCAGAUUUGUGUUUAUAUAUGAUAAAACUAUUCACAUUUUCAGUAAAUACAUAUCUAACGGCCCCAAGAAACUGGAGUGCAUCUCAGGCACAUCCUAUUGCUGGUCUUUCAUCUUUAAUCUCUCCUCGAAACACCUUUUGAACAAUUAAGAUGUUUGACUAUAGUGUGAACAAGUAAAGCCAAACACACACUCCCACUUUUUAGUUGACUCAUAUUUAUUUACUCAUGAAUUACUCAUCAUUAAUUGUGCUCCUUUUGUUUCAUGGGGUCUUCAAUAUGUUAUACUUAACAAUGGGCCUCAUUCAUCAAACGUUCGUAAGCACAAAUUUGUUCCUACAUACCCAUGGCUUUUUUUUUUUUUAGCUCUCAAAAUUGUCUGACAGCCAGUGGCAAGGCCUGAUGGUUAUUUGUAAUUCAUUCCCCCCCCAAAAUCUGUUGUCUACCUCUUGCAAAGAGCAAUCACAUAGGCUUGCAGAGACAUCAGUGUUAACUAACUGGUGUCUAAAUUCAAGGGUUACCAGGGUCCACACUGGCCUCUCAGACAAACCUCAGGGCUAAGAAAUUGCAUGGGUGUGUAGGAACAAAUUUGUACCUACGAACGAUUUGAUGAAUGAGGCCCAUUGUUUUUCUCUUCUUCUUGAUCUCUUUAGAAAAUGGAGAACUUAAGGGUUGUAAUCCUUCAAACUGGUGUGUCAAAUUCAUAGUUUUAUCUAGUUUUAUAUUUAUCAGACUUGUUUCUAAGUAUUUGUCAAAGGGUUAUCCAUAGGUUUCUCUUAGAAUUUAGGCCUUCCAUUCCUUGCUGGAAGGUCAUGACGUUUGCACGUGGGUUUUUUGACUUCUCGCUUCUUGGUUGUACAUUUUCACUGUUGAAUUCAGGUUGGACAAUAAGAAGUUGUUUUUUCCAGAACCUUAGUAUCCUGGUCUAAGUCCCCAGGAGCCUGUGAAUCAUUUUAAACAGUGUUUAUAACUCCCUGCAUAGAUUUUUAGUUUGUGAGCGUGCCCUUCAUUUACCCAUUGCUUUUCUUUCUUUGACCCUAAAUUCAUAUGUUUGAGGCUGCAUUUCCCACGUCUCAUGUGACGGGAAACUUAAGGGACACUAUUAGAACAUUUCUCAAUGUUUUUAAUCAUUGUGUGUUUUAGGUUUACAAGAUUACUCUGAGAAGUGAAGGACAAGUAGGUGUGACAGACAUUGAUAAAUUGCAUCUGUUUAAUGUGCACAAUUUCAGAAGAUGGAAUUGUUACAGGCUGGUUUCAUUGACAUGAAUUUUAUCUUGAUAUUUCUUGAGGGUGCCAGGCAAAAACGUAUUGAGUAAAUGGGCAUUUGGGUCAAGACUGUGUUUGCAAAUGCUGUGUAGCAUUGCAACUGCUUACUAUUUUGGAAAAUACCGAAAGGAAACUAUCAGUAUUAACUCAAAUUUUUAGGGAAAUUGCCUUCCAUCAAAGGGAAAGGUGCCUUAGAGGGAACUGAUUAUUUGAAGCACCUUCAUUUGUUUGAUUGAUUGUAACAAUUUGCCUAUCAUUUGCCAUUCAUCAUCAGACCUUUGUAUGUUUGACUGUUAAAUGUUACUUUUCAAUAAUGUCUUUACCUCCAAGUCAGUUUUGUUGCACAUCUGAUCCUUUCAACCCUGUUUAGGUUCCCAGUUUGUAUGCCCUGUAUCUCAAUUUAUUACCAAAGACUCGAUUCCAUCUUUUUUUCCCCAACUCAUUUGAAUGAUUUUAAUAUUUUGGUAGUUACAAGUAUUAGCACAUUAAUUAAUCUCAACUUGAAAUGAAUGCAAUUAUCUGUAGUUGGAAGAACGUCUGUGUUGUGGUUUUGAUAGAUUUUAUGUUAUGUUUUAUCAAACUCUUGCAUGAAAAUCUGACUGUCUAUCAGAAACAAUGUACAAAUAUCAACAUCGAUCUCUGUUGUCAGACGUUAAUGUCUUAUCAUACAUUUAUCUUAUCAUACACACAUUCAUGUAAUUGUUCUCGAUAGUUGUCAGAAAAAAUGAGUUGAAUUAUUUACCAAAAUAAGAGGUGAGCAUUCGGGUUUUAGCUGACCAACAUAUAACCCCAUUUCUGCACAUAAGCUGAAACGUGUAUCGCUGACUUUUAAAUAAA